AUGCUCACAAUAGGGGAGCUCUACCGGUCGAAUUGGCCACCGGCCAGUUUCCCAACUUUCAUCAAGCAAUAUGACACGAGAUCACAUCUCCCUAUACGGGUCUUCCUGCCACAGUCGUACGACAUGAGCACAGGAAUCCCACUGCCAGUCCUUUUCACCGUACACGGCGGCGGCUUCUCCAUGGGCAGCGCAACGGACGAUGAUCGGUGGAAUCGACUCUUUGCCGACACACAGGGCGUCAUGGUGGUCGGACUGAACCACUCCAAAGCGCCCUACGCGCCAUACCCUACGGCCAUCUACGACCUCGAGGCCGUGAUUCUGGCGGUCAUGAACGACAUAAGUCUGCCGAUAGACCGCACGCGCACCGCCAUCGGCGGUUCCUUCUCGGGCGCCACCCUCGCCUUUGCCGUCGCCCAGCUGGCUAGGAUCCGGACGCAGGUCGCCUUCCGGGCCGUCUUCAGCAGCUGCGGACUGUUGGAGCUAGGCAUUCCGGCGUCGGCAAAGGCCAAGACUAGGCCGUAUAAGCCAGGGCUGAGCUCUGCCCGAUCCGGCGCCACAGACAGCAUGGCAAAUGCUCUCCCAUCCAUACAAUGGGGAUACACGCCGGCGGGGACCGACAUGACAGACCCGCUCUAUGCACCAUUCUACGCACCUGCCAGUGCCUUGCCGCCACAUGUGUGCCUUUUGGCGGCCGAACUUGACAUACUCGCUCACGAUGCUUGGCGCAUGGCAUGUCGCCUAGCCGGCCGCCGAGUCCCGGGGAUGGAGGAGCAGGUAGGACGGCCUGGGGUGGGGGCACGGGGGAUGCUGGAACUUACCGACGCUGCUUUCGGCUUCGAGGUCGUCAUGGGGGCAUCAUCUGGUGGGGGUGUCCGGAGCGUCAAGUGGUUGUUGGUCCCGGACGCCCUGCAUGGGUUUGAUCUUCGCCUGCCAGAUGCGCUGGCCGGGGACGAUGAGACCAGGGAGGACGCGAACAUGAAGACCAGACAGGCCGUGGUUGCGUUGGGACAGUGGUUGAGGGGGGUCGUUUGGGGGAUGUGA